AUGGAAUGGCACAAAAAGGAAGCUUGCACUCUGGAGAACUGUGACGGAGCCGUCUUAGGCAAGGAGGCAGCAGGAGUCCAGAUUGUGAUUGGUGACGAACACCCGUCGAAAGUGGCUUUACCACACCAGCCAAUCGCCUUCGGAGGUUUAAAACUCGAAAAGAUGCUAACUGGAGUAGUGUGGCUGAUUGUUUCUGUUUCCCUCUGCCACGCCGAAGUUCCAGAUACAUUCUCUGUGCUGGUCCCUGAUGGUUCAGUCUCAGCUGAGUUGGGAGCCUCUGUGGUCUUGCCCUGUGGUUUGUCGCCUUCCCUCAGUGCUGUGGAGCUGGAGGUGCGCUGGCACAGGCCCAGUAAAUACAACACCCCAGUGUUACUCUAUAAGGAUCUAAAGAUCCAGGAGAGUCCUGCAGACCCUCAGUACAGGGACAGAGUGUCUCUGAUAGGGAGUCUGGAGGAGGGAAAUGUAUCUUUGAAGCUGGAGAGAGUCACACAGUCAGACAGAGGAGAAUAUGAGUGUUAUGUCAGUAGUGGAAUCUGGUACGACAAGGCUGAGACAUUGCUGAGCAUAAAAAUCCUAGGUUCUCCUCCAGUCCUCUCAGUCACUGAAACAGGAGGAGAACAGGUGAAUGUGACCUGUGUGUCAGAUGGUUGGUCACCACAGCCCACAGUAACCUGGAGAGACAGAGAAGGGAAAGACAUCAAACAUGACAGUAAUGUGAUGUACGAGAAAGAUACUAAGGAUCUGGUGAGUGUGAGUUCUUGGCUGCUCUUCUCUCCCUCUGAGUCAGAGUGGAUCUCCUGCUCUGUCAGUUUAUCUGAUCAGAAGAAGAGAGAGGGCAGAGUGAUGCCAUACAUUCAUCACAAACCCAGAGAUAAUGUUGGGAUGGUAGCUGACGAACUGUCUUUAAACGAAAAUAUUGGACAUGGCACAGGGAAAUUUCGCUUCAAGUCAUGGCCAUGUCUGCUCCGCUAG